CGUCAGUAACCGUAGAGGAGGUUUGGCUGCUGUUGCUUCCCCUUUCUCAGUCUCCACCAUCUUCUUCUCUUCUCACUGUCACAAGCAGAGCAGUAUAUAAUAACCAUUAAUCUUCUCUGUCUCCACCAUUUUCUUCUCUUCCCUAACCUCUAAGAAAGUAUGAUUAUCAAGCGGUAACUCUUUACGUAUUUCUGUUGAACAUUUUGGGAUCUGGAAGCUUCUGUGCUUGAAUCUCUGGUUUGGGGAGUAACCGGAAAAUGGCGACGGAUACCGAUCAUCAUCAUCAUUAUCACCAUCAUGACCAGAGCUACUGUAGCAACAACUGGUCAAGGUCUGAGAUACUAUCAGAGACGGAACAGCCUCAGGUUUUAUCCAUCUCUGAUAUUUUGGAUCAUGGUUCAAUAUCAUUUGGAAGAUUUGCUGUGGAGUCACUUGCAUGGGAAAAGUGGUCGGUUUUCUCCCACAACAGAUGUCAGGAGGAGCUGGAGAAGUUCAAGGCCCCUGGAUUUGUCGCUCAAAAGAAGGCAUACUUUGAAGAAUACUACAAAAGAGUUAGAGCUAUGAAGACAUUACAAGCGGAACAGCAACAAGCCACCCAUCCCGAUUCUUGCCUAGUUGCAAUAAGUAACACCACAGAAGUGGAAAAUGCUGUUGAUGCUGAUUUGAUGGAAGAGGAAAAGAAGCCAAUCAAUGGCAGUGAACUGAAGAUCUUAGAGAAUGAUGUGGCUGGUAACCUGGGCUCAUCUGAGGGAGGCAUUCUGGAUAGAUCAAAAGAAACUAUCAAAGAAGAAUUAAGUUUCUGUGAUAAUGACAAUGACAGGGCUAGCAUGGCAGGUGAAACCAGUAUCUCCUUAUCUGCCAUAGAUCCCAAACAUUCUGUAAAAGAGACUUCCUCUUCGUCAACUUCAUCAGUCAAUGAAACUGCCCACCGUGACUGUGCUGUCUCUGUCACAGCCAAGCAUGAUACUAACAAGCAAAAGAAACAAGCACCUAUUCUAAAGGCGAAGGCGAGAGUUUCUUCUAGUGAAAACAAAACACAGUUGGACUGCAGAAUUGCAAAAGGUGCCGUUAAGCCAUCCGAGAAGCCGAAACUAUCUCUUCAUAAUAAUAUUACUGGCAAGAAAGAUGACAGUCUUGUUUCAAGCAAAAGGACACCUAAGACUAGAAAUUUUAAUUCAAACUAUGUUUCCUCACAUAGACAACAUACUGAAGUAUGCUCUAGCGCCAGUGUUCUGCACAAUUCCUUGGCAAGGGACAGGUCAGUGACAUCUCCUAUUAGCAUAGCUGGUGAGGUAAAGGCAAAUUCAGCUACCAAAGGGUUGUUAGACAACGUGCCUACAAAUCUACCACUUCAUGCACGAACCUAUCAGAGCACCGUCAAGGAGACUGCUGUUUCUGGCGGUUUGAGAAAGAAGGCUCUAGAUAACAGGAGGAGCUUUGGUGGAGAUGGUAUAAAGCCUCUAGAGCCUAGUGAAUGCCAAAUAAAACCCAAGGGUCAAGUGACUAAGAACCAGAGACCAAAUGUCAAGUCUAUGAACCUUCCUGUUCAGAAUAGCUUAAAUCAAAACUAUGGAGUUGAAUUUGGGCAAAGGAGUUAUGUCAAAGGACCACAGAAAAAGGAAGAACUGAGAAGCAAUGCUGAACUUGGAAAAGAACCAAAAUCUGCCUCAUCUAACUUGUCCAGUAUUCACAGGAGCCUGAAUCCAAAACUGGCAUCUAAGAUUCCAUUACCGCAGUCUGCAGACCUGAGACAUGCACGAAGAGAACCAAGUCCCAAGAUGCCAAGUUGGCGGUGAAAGUGAAACUGAAGGGUGGUCGGGAAUUAUCAUAGGCCGCUGAAUUUUUGGUAAGUCUAUGCAAUCGAAGUUAUCUGCACAACAUUUAUGUAUUCAGGCAACAAGUUGCAAACAGGCACAAAUUUCAGAUGCAAAAAAUUUCAAGACCUCAAAAUGAGAGGCUGAAGAGGGGUAAUUCAAGCAUCUGAGAUGUGUAUUUCUAGAAGUGGAUACAAAAAUGUAAUCUUUAGUAUGGGAGGUUCAUGCUUGUUUGGAUCAGUAUCCAAUGCUGUCAUUGACUUCAGAUGAUAGACCUAAAGUUUUAGAAAGUUGAUUCUUAUUCCAAAAUAAAAAGAGGCCGCAAGCAUGUCUAAGCUUUUGGAAGCCUCUUAUCAUAGAAAUUUACAGAAAGGAUCUAUGUUGAGAGUUAAUGCAAAGCCCACUCUUUGCCCUA